CCGUACCAGGUUUGGGACCGGACCAAGCGGCAGCUCUGACAAGAGGCUCGGCAGCAGGAGGAGCUAGCCUCGGCAGCCGCCCUCACAGCCCCUUCACCACCACCAGCGGUGCUACUGGUGGUGCCACUGCUGCUGCUCCUGCUGCUUCCGCCGCUGCUUCUGCAACUGCUGCUGCUGCUGGCGCUUCUGCUGCAACCGGUGCUCUUGCUACUGUUACUGCUGCAGCUGCAGCUGCUGCCGGUGUUGGUGCUGGUACGGGUGCUGUUGGCAGUGCUGCUAUUGCUGCUGCAGGGGUUGCUGGGGGGGUUGGAGGAGCAACAACCAGAGCGCCUCGAUUCGGCAAUCUCGGAGCGACAGGGCUUGCGCCUUUCGAGUCCGGCCAAAGGCAAAUUGGAGGGGCGGCGAUGGGGACAGGGACGUGUGGUGGGUGCGGCUUGGGGGGCGGUAGCAGCAUCAGUGCUCACCUGGGCGGCAGUAGCGGGAAUCUGGGCGGCAGCGGGGGUGCAAAUCUGGGCGGCGGGGGGGGUGGCGGUGUGACGAUAGGGAGUUGUGGUGGGUACAGAGUGGUGAAUCUGCAUUUGUCCUCGGUGGUGCUGGCAGCCAAGUCUGCCUUCUUCCGCACGCUCUUCACGUGUGGCUUUAAGGAGACGUGCCAGAACAACCCUGUUGUCCUCAACGUCUCGCCAGAAGAGGAGGGCCCAGUGAUCGACCUGCUGCGAUUCAUCUACACGGGCGACAUGGCGGAGGGCAGCAGCGACCCCGAGGACAUCAUCAAGAUGUACCUCGUGGCCGACAAGUUCGGCGUCGCCUCCUGCAUGAAGAUCUGCCUCGAGCGCCUCGUCAACCUCCCCAUGACCGUCCCCACCGCCUGCCUCUACCUCUCGCUCCCCGACUCCAUGCACUCGCACCGGGGGGUCGCGCAGCUGCUGGAAGCUUCCCGGGGGUUUCUGGUGGCGCAUUUCAGGGAUCUGGAGCGCGUGCACAAGGGGGAGGAGUUUCUGGAGCUGCCGCUGGUGGGCGUGCAGACUCUGCUGGCCAGUGACGAGCUGAAUGUAAGGGACGAGUUGACAGCAUUUCACUCCAUGGUGGAGUGGCUGAGGCAUCAUCAUGACGAUUUGGACGACAGGAAGCGGGCAGCAGUGCGUCUAGCAGAGCACGUGCGCUUCCCCCUCAUGACAGGGGAUGACCUCGAGGACGUGGUGCUCAAGGCGCCCGAGGUGGACAGCCCCGAGUGCCAGGCGCUGGUGAGGGAAGCAGCAUGGUUCCGAGCGUACAGCUUGGUGCGUCGCCUGAGGCUCAUGAACGAGACGGCCGCCACGCACAGGCGCUUCUGGCAGCGCCGCUGGAACCGCAACUCCGUGGGCCACGUGUACUUCGAUAUUCACCUGGAGAGGUUUCAGGCGCUGGCAGUGGCAGCGACGGUGGAGUCUGCCACGUUUGGGAUCGGUGGGAAGCGGUUCUACCUGUCAGCCCGGCACGGGCGGCGGGAUGAUGGCACAGAAACGCUUGACAUCCACCUGCACCUGGAGAACAGCCACAGCGUGCAGCCUGAAAUUCAGGUGAGCUUCAUAUUCUACGCCAAGAGGUGGCCCGAGGGCCAGUUUGACUACCUGCGGGACCGCGUCACCAAGGGGUUUGGGCGCAACGCGAGCAACUGGGGGUACAGCAAUAUCCUGGGGCGGCCGUGGGCGGAUGUGGUGCAGGAUGAGAGCAAGUACUUUAAGAACGGUGUCAUGUCCGUCUUUGCUGAGGUGCAGAUCCUGGAGGACGCAGGCCGCGGGCCCGUUGUAGGGGGGUGA